AUGUCUAAUACACAAUCUUCCCUUUUACUUCAAAAACAACUUAAAGAAUUAUCAAAACAUCCUGUAGAAGGAUUUUCGGCAGGUCUUGUUGAUAAUGAUAACAUUUAUGAGGGUGGUUUCUUUAAAGCUAGGAUGACAUUUCCAAAGGAAUAUCCAUUGUUGCCUCCAAAAUUAAGGUUUGUCUCUGAAAUGUGGCAUCCAAACGGUAAUAAAGUUAUUUAA